AUGACAACACAAUAUAACUUAGAUAACAUCAAAACAAAAGAAGGCAAAACUCCAAGAAUUAUACCAAAACAGUGUAGAUUAUUAAUGAGAAGUUUUGAAGAAUUACAUGAUUCAGUUAGACCACCUAUUCCAGUAAAGAAGUGCUUAGUUUCACCAAUUGCUCAAAACCUUAUCAAUUUAUCUUUUACUGAAGAAGAACAAGAGGCCAUAAAACAAAGCUCUAAAACAAUAACUGAAAAUGUAGCUGAAGUGGGUACGAAUAAUCUACGUUCAAAAAGUAGUCGAACUCUUAAAGAGAAUGAAGAGGCUGAUAAAAUGAUUGAAAAAGGAGAGUUACCACCAAUUGACCUUCCAAAUCCUAAAAGAAAGGAUAUGAAAACAACAAGAUUUCUUACUGAUAAAUUGUUCAAUAAAAAUAUCAAAUAA